AUGGCCGAGAGCAGGAGGACGAUAGCGACAACGACGACGAAGAGGGGGACGAUGGCGACGAGCUGGAUGACGACGAAAAGGAGGACAACGGCGAGGAGGAGAGCGACGCCGACCAGGACGACGACGACGACGAGGAGGAGCAGGAGCAAGGCGUUUCGGACGACAGUUUCUCCUCGAUCCAAGUCUUGA